UUUUAAAACGCCAACAGUUGUCAGCAAAUCCUCGUGUUACCUGCUAUUUACUAUAUAUUGAUUAAUAAAGAUCAAGCGGAAGUGAAUUCGUACACAAAUGCAAACAAAUCAUGGACCGGUAUGACAGAUGUGAUGAAUAUGUUGAGUAUUACAAACAUCUCAUGUUGAUAUUGGAAUUAAAACAAAAGGAGCUUCCUCGGGAUUAUGUUAGUAAAGAUUCGAUUGUGAGAUUUACCAUCGGUGGAGCGGUGGUCGGUUGGCUGCUAGGAAGGCAAGGCGGGGCACUCGUCGGAGCAAUCCUAGGUUACAUGUAUUGUUUGUUUCUCCAUGACUCCAUCGAAGAUAUUAAAGGCAAACUCAGAAACCAGCCCAACAGAAGGAAAAGGGAGCUAGUACAUGCUGUCCAAGCCAUGAUCGGAAGUAACUCUAAGGCUGAACUAGACCUUUACGUGGAGGCUAGAUCGCAGCAAAAACAGCUCAUGGACUGUAUCAUAAAAUUUACUUGAACAAUUCGUGUCUGUAUCACGAAAUUUGCUUAAAUAAAUCAUAUACUUUAUGAAGAAA